UAUAUUAUUAUAUCAGUAGUGCUCUAUCGCAAAAAUGACGGGAAGACGAAUUGUGGUAAUGGCCAGACAUGGCGAGAGUGAAUGGUCUAAAAACAAUGUGUUUUGCGGAUGGUACGAUUCACAUUUGUCUGAUCGAGGUAUGAACGAAGCUCUUGAAUGCGCAGAACUGUUGAAACAAUCAAAUUAUAAAUUCGACAAAGCUUAUACAUCUUUGUUGACUAGAGCUCAUCAGACUUUAAAGAUAAUCACUGAACACAUUGGUCAGCCAAAUCUACCAGUAGAGGAAUCAUGGCGGUUAAAUGAAAGACAUUACGGAGCUUUAACAGGAUUUAAUAAAGCUGAAGUAGCUGAACAAUAUGGUGAAAAACAG